UCUGGGUCCCUUCCAGGCGCCUCCUCCCACUCCAUGAAGUAUUUCUACACCUCCAUCUUAGACCCCAGUCAGGGGCUGCCCCACUUUGUCAUUGAGGGGUAUGUGGAUGGUCAGGUCUUUGUUCACUACGACAGCCACAGCGAGAGGAUGAAGCCUCGAGUCUCCUGGAUGGAGAAGUAUGUGGGGAAGGAGGAUCCCCAGUACUGGGAGACAGAGACCAAGAUAGCUCGUAGCACUGAGGAUACGUUCAGAGAACACCUGGAGACUCUGAGGAUUCGCUACAAUCAGAGCGAAGGCCUUCACACGUUGCAGUGGAUGUAUGGCUGUGAACUCCAGAGAGACGGGAGCAAAGCAGGGUUUGAGCAGUUUGGCUAUGAAGGGAAGACCUUCCUCACCUUCGACAAGGAGACCCUCACCUGGGUGGCUCCCGUCCCCCAGGCCCAGAUCAGCAAGAGGAAACGGGAUGCUGAUCAAGGAUUGAAUCAGAGAAACAAAGCCUACCUGGAGGAAACCUGCAUUGAGUGGCUGGAGAAGCACCUGUCCUACGGGAAGAAGACGCUGCUGAGGACAGAGCCCCCAGAGGCGACGGUGGAGAGAGGCAAGACAGAGGUGGAGGAUGGGAUGGAGACGCACAUCUGCCAGGUCCACGGCUUCUACCCCAGGGAGAUCGAUGCCUUCUGGACGAGGGACGGGGAGGUCUGGCUGCAGGACACCCUCCAUAAGUCUGUGGCCCCCAACGCGGAUGGGACCUACCACUACUGGCUCAGCAUCCGGAUCGACCCCAAAGAGAGGGGCCGCUAUCGGUGCCACGUGGAGCACGACGGCCUGCCGAAGCCUCUGGACCUGGCCCUGGAAGGUGAGAGGCUGCAGGGAGGGGAAGGCUGGGCUCUUUGGCAGGCUGGGAGGUGGUGGGAGAGGAAUCUGGUCCCAGAUGUGUCCAGGUGUGAGCAUACCUGAGCUUUCAUCCAUUGGUUUUUCCAGUGUUUGAGGUUGGUGCAGCUGCAGGGACCAGACCACAGAACUGACUUCAGGUGAUGGAAACUACAGAAUCCCAUCACAAGAGUUGGCCGAUCCUGAUGAAAU